CUGGUUGUCAAGCAAAGAUGGCGGCAAAACAAAAGAAGAGUCCGCGAUUCCUUGCCAAUUUUGGCCCGAUUUAGGAAAAUUCUAUUUGUCCUACUGCUUCCAUAUUCUACAUAUUGAAUUGUCUUUUAAUAAUGCCAGCUAGGAAGCAAAAACGAACCUCUCUGUCUUAUUCAGAAGGAAGCGACGACGAAAACAUUGACGAUGGGUUUGUGACCGACCCUGAAAAGAUUUUUGAUGUCCUUCCUCAGCCAUUUCGCUUGGUUGAUAAAACAGUCAACCAUAUAUUCGAUAAGGCAUGGGAGAUCAUAGAAGACAUCGAGAACAACCGCGCAUUGCGACGAUCCAAGGAAUCUUUACCAAAUUUUGACUGUGGAAAGGCUUUACAUAACUUUGCCAAUCCCUCUUGUAUGUUUAGCGUAGAUGGGGGGAAGUACUUGUUUCUCGCCUACUGUGAUGGACUGGUUGUGAUCGAAGCUUUGAUCGGGCAAAGUGUGGCAACCUUUGAGGACCCUGGCUGCAGGAAAGUUACACACAUGUCUGCCUGUGUACUUCAAGAGGGAUUUUACCUCCUCACAACAAGAGACGAAGAUGGAGUUGCAAAAUUAUACUGUUUUAUAGGCGAGACAAUCCAUUUAGCCAGGGUGUUUAAUGAAGAUGGUGAUAAAAAUGCGACAUCUGUGGAAUUGUCUCCUGACGGUGGAUACAUUGCCAUCGGAUGGGAGAUUCCAGAUGAAGAGAGUUCCUUGGAGGUUUAUAAGAUUCCACGUGAAUCUUGGUUGAAGGAGGCUGAGGCUGCAGUUGCGGCACCCAAGUCACGGAAGCCUACUGUGGUAGGGGAAUCUGCAGAGAGUGGGGGGCAAUCAGUAGAUAAGCCAUCACAAGAGGACGAGGACCCUAAAGAGGAGGGAAACCCUGCAGCGUCUCCACCAGGCUCUCGCCCAGGCUCAGGCCAAGGAGCAGCUGUGUCGUCCUUUACCAAGCCCUCAGCAGUGCUACGCAUCUUCCCUCCUGCUCAAGUCGGGCCAUGUUCUGCCACCAACUAUGUUGCAGCACUGAAGGCUGUUGAUGCUGACAACAGUGUCAUCGGUACAGGAAGUAACCACAUCUUAUUACAGCAGUACUUCCAGCACUCUGAUAUGACUUUCAAGGCCCUCCAUGAACAGCAGUUACAACACCUUAAGGAGGAAAACUCACCUCAGAUGAGGAAGCCUACAACCCAUUUCCUCAAGCCAGGCAAGCUGAUUCCAGCAGGCUUAGAUAGUACACCAAACAAAACAAAUUCUGUUGCUGUUUGCUGGUCCAAGGAGACUCAGUUGUCUAUCUACUCACUUGUUAAAACUGCCAAAGACAUAGAGCAUAAGCCUGAUGUUGUGUGGCCCAGUGCACAGCCUAUCCUCGUGAGCACUGUCUCUGAUUGUCUCUCUCUCCUUGCCUUGGGGCUGGAGAAUGGCACUGUUGUGGUCUGGGAUGUACACAGAGGUCUACUUCUGCGUGUGUGUAAUGUAUCCAACUACAGUCAGAUUACCAUGGUCCAUUUCCUACCGAGCAGCACUAUCCCGCCCUUCAGCGAUGACCAGCCCUCCUAUUUGUCAUCACCUGUACCAGUAGCUAAUCUGGCAAUUGCUUGUGAGGAUGGCAUGUUCAGUGUACUGCAGUGCGGUGUGGCGUAUAACCCUCCCUUGCGGCCAAUAGUGGACAGAUCAGCCAUUGAAAAAGAGGUAAUCACAUCGAUCAAAACCCUUAACAAGACGCCGCAAAUUAUUGCAGCGAUCAAGGGUUCUGGUCGGAUGACCCUUUAUGACAUCCAGACCCUUUCUUCCAUAUGUCACGUGUCAUUGCCUUCACCCUACGUCAUCGACACUGAGUCACCUUCUUGUAUUGCUGCGGAUGGCCAAGUGAUUGUACUUAAAGGAAGCUGUCGAGAGGAGGCAGGGGACGAUGAUGGCGAUGAUGAAGAAGAAAAGACUACCUCGAUGGUUUUCACUUUCCCUCUGCACUCGUUCCCAUCACUGAACAAAUACUGGAGAAUGGCUAAAGAGACAGAGCCGUUUGGUGUUGAUAGCACCAUUCAUACCCGGUUCAACUCCCUUAUUCAGGACAGAAUCUCAAGUCAGGGCACAAGGCAGAUCCGAAUGCAAGAACGGUGGUCUCGAUUCAAGGACGAGCUUAAGACGAUGCAUUCUACAAAGACACGUGCUGAUAAGACAGUAUGGUUCACUGCCAAACAGACUCUUUCUACCCGAGGCUAAUCAAUACUUCCAAAUGUUUUCGCCAUUACCAUUUUACGACUUUGUAAAUAUUUAAAGAUGUGUAUAUUUUAAGUGUUAUAACAGUAGAUAUUGUAAAGUUUAAAUAACAUUUCGUUUGAAUAAAAUUCCUGGGAAAGGUUUGUGA